AUGGAGCCAGCCGCAGCCGGAAUCCUAUACGCGGCAGAGAACAUCUUACAGGGUGCAGCCGCUCUGGUGAAGGGUAUAACCUAUCCAACUCUACCGAUCAAGACCAAUCUCACACGCAUCACCUCUGUUCCAUUGCCACGCUCACAGCACACCGUCUCAGUCGUCAAGGGUCGAGCCUACAUCUUCGGUGGUGAGACGGCGCCUGGAAAACUAGCUGAUAACGACAUGCAUAUCAUCAUCCUACCAUCCAGUGGUGUACUCGACGCAGACUAUACUUCGAAACCUGCGCAGGCUGCCAAUGGCUUAGACGACGUACCGGGUCCACGAAAAGGUCACACUGCAGUAGUAAUUGGAGAUUCAAUAUACGUAUUUGGAGGAAGAGGUGAAGUUGAUUCCGAAGAGAAUGGAAGAGUUUGGGCUUACCACACGGUCUCGAGCACAUGGUCAUAUCUUGACCCUGCUCCUGGCACGUCGGCCCCAAGCCAACGCGUGGGACACACCUCUGCGAGCUCAGACUUCCCAGCAGCGAAGUCCAUCACAUACCAAGAGAGAGCACCUCAACAGCCGGUAGACCCCUCGAAGAAUGUUCCAGAACCCCCUGUGGAUGAUACUUGGGGCACUAUUUUCAUUGUUGGUGGACGUAAUGUUUCGAGCGGUCAGCUUGCAAACGAUGCUCUGGCUUUCGACUUGAGAACGCGCUCCUGGUCGAACAUCCCCUCGCCGCCUGGGCAGCCACGUGAAGGCGCUAGCCUGUCACUCGCAGGCAGUAGGCUAUAUCGCUUUGGAGGCAAAGGUGUCGAAACUUUUGCAUCGGGUGCUCUGGAGUAUCUAGACGUUGCGCCGGUCUUUAAUCACGCAGAAGGUGGGACAACCCCUCUGACCAGCGGCUGGGCGUGGCAGGAAGUCUCGCACGCCGAUUCAAAAGAUCUAUCAGUGCCACAGGCGCGGUCGAAUGCUGGACUUGUUGAGGUCACCACCGGUCAAGGACGGCACUACCUCGUCGCCAUCGGUGGCGAAGGCGAAGACGCAAGACAUUUGGAUGACAUCUGGACCUUCCAGUUGCCCCCAGAGUAUGCGACCGCAGCAGCAACCAAGGAUGCUAUCCGUUCUACCUUGAAACGAGACACACAUGAGGCUACAUGGGCGGAAGUACUUUACAACUACGUUGACACUAAGGGGGAGGAAGAGAAAGAGAUCCCUGGAGAGCCCAAGCGAGGCCUUGGAGAAAGGGGUCAAUUCGGUAUCGCGAAAGGCACAGAGGUAGACGGGGCAACGUGCGUUGUCUGGGGCGGUGUCGAUUCCGGAGGUAACGUACUGAGUGAUGGUUGGAUGGUUACAGUUGAUAGGUAA